UUUGACACUUAGUUCAAACGUACCAUCGUUUGUGCCUAAAACACAAUUAGAUUGUAGUUACAAUGCACCAAACCUCUUGAAAAGUGUUGACGUUUUGAUAGAUGUUUCGUGUUUACUUGUGUUUACAAUGACUUUAGACAACGGCACGAAUAUAAUACAACAAAUAGAGAAUGAUGACUUCUACAAAUGUUUCCUGCAGUCCAGUUCGAAAAAGGCCCUGGACCAAUCCUUAACCAUAACUGAGCAAGUAACAAAACUAGGAGAAGGCAUAGAGUUGCUCACCAAAGAGCUCCACAAACAAGUAUUGGAAAAACAUGAAGACCUACUUACGCAAGCCAACCAUGCCACCAAAUUGGAAACUGUAUUGAAUACAAUGAACAUGCACGUCCAAAAUUUAUUCGCGAACGCCGAGAGGCUCAAAAAUCAGAUUACCGUCCCCUAUGAAGCAUUGGAAACGCACACCAAAGUAUUGGGAAGGUUGCAUUUGGCCAGUCACAUCUUGAGGCAAGUCAAUAGAAUACAACAAUUGAGUAAAAGAUUAUCAAAUACAAAUGAUCCGGUUCAAAAGGCGACGAUUCUGCAGGAACUGGAACAGCUGGCUGCUGAUCCUGAUUUAAAAGAUAUUGACUCUGUUACUGCUGAACUGAGGAAUAUUCGAAUGCAGCAGCAGAAAGUAGUCAAUUUGGCCAUAGGUUCAUUAAAUCAGGGCAUAAUGAAUGAGAACAUUACACAAACCACCACAGCCUUGCAGAUUUUUAUCAAUUUGGGUACAGUGAAAACUGUCACAAACAACUUCAUUGAUCAAAGUUUGAAUGAGUUUAAGGAUUGUUUAAAAAGUGCCUUUGAAAUUAACCAAAGUGUCUCAUCAAAAUCCAAAGGUGGCCCAGGGAAGGCCACACUAAGCUCUUCUCAAGGGUUCAGGAACAAGCUUUGGAGUGAACUGGAGAAAGCAUUUUCAGAAGAUAUCUAUCAAAUUUGUAAGCAAGUCAAAUUCCUUCAGACAACCCUUAAUUCAAUCACCAAUGUUGAUUUGAAUGUUGCCCAUCAAUUUUGGACUAGACUGGGUGAAAUAAUGCAGGAGGAAAUUAAAUCAUCUACUGCAGCAAUUCAACAGGCUUUAGAAGAGGAUUAUCCCAAAUUGUUGAAGGGAUACUAUGAGAUGACUAAGAAACUCAAAUAUGAACCCUUCAACUUUAAUCGCCACAUUUUAGACAAGUACGAAAAUUCAUAUUUAUCCACCUGUCUAAGAAAAAUGUUAGAUCCAGCCCAAUCAAUGUUUAGUACAGAAUCAAAUGUACCAAACCAUGACCAAAUUGAUUCUUUAAUAAGAGUAAUAACAAGUGAAUUGAGUGUGGCAUUGAUUGAGGAGCAUUUAAGUGAAAAAGUUGCCAAAAACGUUGGCAAAUGUAUUAAAAUGUUCGCCGUAAAAACAGAACAACAACUGGAGACUGGCCCUGAGGCUGCACAAGUAAUAGCUGGAAGUGCAAACACUGGUCAGCAGAGGAACGUGCAGUACGCCAACGCUUUGUAUUAUCUCCAGACCCAAGUCCAUAGAAUUUUGGGCAACAUGAAGAGCAGCAUCCCUGAGUCUGGUAUUAGUAUUAUUGUUGAAAGUUUACAGGCACUGGACAAUCUUGCCGCUGCCAUAAUACAGCCACUUCUAGUUUCAAUAAACUCAGUAAUAGAGACCAUAAUAGUGACGCUUCACAUUGAAAGCGACUGGGUUAGACUUCAAGUGCCGGCGAACAAAUCGUCGGUGUCUUGCAGCCCCUACAUGAGGGAGUUGCACCAGUUUAUAACGCGAGUCUACCAGACUUAUCUGAGCAAUUUCGACAACAAAGAAGUUCUACUACAAAAGUGCAGUGAAAUCGCCGUCAGGUGCAUAGAACUCCUGGUACGCCACUCGACGCUCCUCCGACCAGUGUCGCAAGGUGGCAGGUACCGUCUGCACGCCGACUACAACCAACUAGAGGCCUCCCUGAAAAUAAUCUGCCCCCAUUUGGCCGACCUAGGGCAACCGUACCGUCUGCUUAAGUCCAUGGCCUCGCUGAUCGUCCAAACACCAGAGGAAAUCAUAGCCAGUCAAGUGUCGGGCAGUUCGGUGCCGCACAGCACCAUUUUGCUCAUGCUGUUCUCGUACGCGGGCAGCGACCUGGCCAGCCCACAUCAGAACACGGGUUGGAGCCUACCGAAGCUGUCCACGUGGUUGGACGAGCAUCGCAACGAAGCUGACCGGCUAGAUCUGGUGGCUGGGGCGUUGCAGAGGUACGAGGCCUUGGUCAGACAGAAGAACUCGGAGAACUACGAUCGGAUUUACCCUAUCAUGUCCAGGUUGUUGGAAAAUGCGGUUCAACAAUAGUCAGGUAUUAUAAGUCUUUAAAUAUUGUAAAUAUUGUUAUCAGUUUUAAUAAAUAAUUAAUUGUG